AACGGAAGCAAACUGAACGAAAACGAGGAAGAACCUAACUGAAUUAGUCCAAUAGAAACUCUCGUUUUCGUUGUAAAAACGCAAAUGUUUACAACUGUGUGGACGAAUGAUUACACCACCGUCUCGUAAAGCAGGGGAUACGCGUUUGCAGCGAUACAACUGAAGAGAAAGCAGUACCAAGUAUUAUCGUGCGUCGGAUCAGUGGAACAACAGCGAGCAAAUAGAACGGAAGGAAUGUACCAGCAACGGUGUUCAACUAUUAGAUCAGCAGCUUGAUCAACUGUCUCCGGCGCUGGAUCCGCUACAUUAGGCCUGAUGGAGCUGGGCACUCGACGAGCGCUGACCACUGAGGAACACCCACCACACUCUGUCCCUCACUGCCAACCUUGAAGGGAGGGACCCUCUGCUUCUCCCCCUCCCCUAUCCCCUUCCCUUCUCCCCUCCUCCUCUACUCCAACAUUACCUCCUCUGAUACACCUCCAUCCUGCUUCUCCCCUAUCCCCUUCCCUUCUCCCCUCCUCCUCCUCUACUCCAACAUUACCUCCUCUGAUAUACCUCCAUCCUCCUCUGGUCCUGAGAUGGUGAUGAUGGGGAAGCUGAAGCAGAACCUUCUGGUGGCCUGUCUGGUCAUCAGCUCAGUCACAGUCUUCUACUUGGGUCGUCACGCCAUGGAGUGUCACCACCGCAUCGAGGAGCGCAGCAGCCAGCCUGGGGACCAAGGGGUUCUGGGGGGCCUUCAGGGGCCGGGAGGGCUCCUCCUGGGCGGCUCGUUGGGCUCCUCCGCCAUCCUGCGGGGCUCCAGACCCGGGGGCCAUAACCUCUCCGCUCCAUUCGUCUACAACAAGGACAUGCCCCUAGUGUUCAUUGGAGGGGUUCCCAGGAGUGGGACCACGUUGAUGAGAGCCAUGCUGGACGCUCACCCUGAGGUUCGUUGUGGAGAGGAGACCAGGGUUAUUCCACGUAUCCUGGCCAUGAAACAGAUGUGGUCGCGGUCGGGGAGGGAGAAGAUGCGUCUGGACGAGGCCGGGGUGACGGACGAGGUCCUGGACGCCGCCAUGCAGGCCUUCCUCCUGGAGAUCAUCGUGAAGCACGGCGAGCCCGCCAACUUCCUCUGUAACAAGGACCCCUUCGCUCUGAAGUCCCUCUCCUACCUGGCUAAGAUCUUCCCGCACGCCAAGUUCGUGCUCAUGAUCCGGGACGGACGCGCCUCGGUCCAUUCGAUGAUCUCGCGUAAGGUGACGAUCGCUGGCUUUGACCUGGGCAGCUACAGAGACUGCCUGACCAAGUGGAACAGGGCCAUAGAGACCAUGUACACUCAGUGCCUGGAGGCCUCAGACAAGUGCCUGCCGGUGCAUUAUGAACAGCUGGUGCUCCAUCCAGAGAAGUGGAUGAGGACGCUGCUCAAAUUCCUGGACAUUCCCUGGAACGAGGCGGUGCUUCACCAUGAGGAACUCAUAGGGAAAGCCGGUGGUGUUUCCCUCUCCAAGGUGGAGAGGUCUACAGACCAGGUGAUCAAGCCGGUCAACGUGGAGGCCUUAUCCAAGUGGGUGGGCAAGAUCCCUGCGGACGUACUGAGAGACAUGCCCGUCAUCGCCCCCAUGUUGUCCCGUCUGGGGUACGACCCCCACGCCAACCCUCCCAACUACGGCCGGCCAGACCCCAAGGUCCUUGACAACACCAGGAGGGUCUUUAAAGGUGAAUUUCAGCUACCUGAGUUUCUAAGAGAACAAUCUCAGCUUCAGAAGACUCCAGAGAAACCUACACCCCAGUUAGGGGAGAAGCAGAUGAACCAUCCUUCUCUUCCAGACCAGAGAAUUCCCAUAAUGCCCACAAGUCUUAACAAGUCUAUCUUCUUCUUCUUCUCUCCAGCUUCAGAAGACUCCAGAGAAACCUAACCCGCCACAGAGCCAGACUAGGCAGCGAUGGACAGAGGAAGAUAUCCAAUAAACUCAACAUCAUCUUUUGGACCUUCGUGCUCUUCCAUGGACACGACUUGAUAUAACCGCUUUCCUCACACACACACACACACACACACACACGUUAGCCUGUGUCAGUGGGGACCGGACCACCUUGGCUUGGAGAACUCUUUUGGCCUUCGAUGUUGUACUGUAAACUAAUGAUGUGUUUUGUCACUAAAAUGGUGACCAGAAAAUGUUGAUGUUAUGUUAUGUUUCUUUCUCGUCUAGGGCUGCAAAAUUCUGGCAAAUUUCAAAAGAUUCCUAGAUUUUUCCAGAAGAUUCCGGAGUUCAGCAAGAAAUCUAUAAUCCUACAACUAGGAUUUCUGGAAAACAUUUUGAAAUUUGAGGGAAAGUUUGCAGAAUUUUGCAACACUAUUCUUGUCACACCAUGCUCAUCUGGAUUUGUAGUUUUUUAUGGUUUUCUUCUGGCUAUAUAAAAAAAAAAUCUGUGAUUCUGUUGUAAGAAACUACAGUGGACUUUAAAUGUAAAUCUUUAAAAAAGUACAGUAUUUAUAGAUGAAAUUUAGCUUUUUGAAGAUGCUAUAUGUAUUUUAAAGUUUUUGUUUUUUCAUGCCUUUUGUAUCGUACAAUUCCAUGGGUACUGUGAUGUACAAGAUCCUAGUUAAGUAUUGACAGUGAUAAAGAUGGCAUUUUGUAA